GAUACUGAUUCAAUGGCUAGUGACGAUGAAGAAAAUAGCCAAGCAAAUGAUUCCCAAUGUGAAGAUAGAGAUUCUUGGAACCAAAUAGAACUUAAUUUCUGUUCUAGAAAAUAAAUACUUACCACCUGGACAGAGUGAUAUUUCAAGGACUAGAAAUGGCAUGCCUACAAGACCAGAUUUAGAAUCAUAUCCCUUGCACAAGGAUGGAAAAUUCUUCCUGUCAUUUACAAAAAACUUUUAUGAAUAUGAAUGGCUCGAAUAUUCUGUAUCCAAGGAUGCAGUAUUUUGCUAUUAUUGCAAGCAUUUUCUCCAUGAUAAUGCUGACGAUCCAUUCAAUGAUGCAAUUCGAGUCAAUGGCUUUAGACAUUGGAAGAAAUGUUACGGGAAGGAUAACAAAGAAAACCGAUUGCUCAAGCAUCAAUUAAGUUCUUCCCAUUGCACAGCCGUGGUUAACUGCAACUUAUUUAAGGAGUCCCAAAAUAAAGGGAAUAUACUGAUGCAAUUAAGUAAGGAGAAAGCAACAAUAGUAAAUGAAAACAGGCAUUAUAUGCACACUUUAUGCGAAAUUCUCCUUUGAAUUGCACAGCAAAAAAUUGGCAUUAGAGAAUCUAAUGAAUUUCGUCAGUCAGACGUAACUAUAAAAAAGGAUGUCAUUGAUUAUGGACCACAUGGUGGAAAUUUUUUAUGUAUGCUGGCUUUAGUUGCAAAACAUGAUGAUAUCAUUGCGCGAAAAAUCAGGAAUGGGCCAUCCAAUUCCAAAUAUACUCACCUUUCUAUACAAAAAGCACUGUUGGGCAUUAUGGCAGAGGAGGUGCAAAAGGAAAUUUCAAAUGAAGUAAAAAAAGCAGAAUUUUUUUCAAUUUUUGCAGACGAAUGUAAAGAUUUGGGGAAAAGAGAGCAGUUAUCCAUUGCUGUGCGUUAUUUAUAUAACGAUAGCAUUUAUGAAGAAUUUCUUUCUGUGGAGGAAUUAAGCUCCUUAAAUGCUGAUUUCUUAACAGAUAAAAUAAUUAAAGUCUUUAAAAUGAACAACAUCAACUUAGAAAAAUGCAUUGGUCAAGCAUAUUACGGUGCUUCAGUGGUUUCUGGCAAACAUGCUGGAGUGGAUAAAAAGAGAUUUUGCUCCUUUAGCAAAUUAUAUUCAUUGCUUUAACCACAAAUUAAAUUUAGUAAUAGUAGAUGUAGUGCAAUCAAUCCAAUGUGUUACAGACUGCAUAUCGAUAUUACAAAAAUUAUAUUCUUUUAUAAGUUGUAGCACCAUUCAUCCACAAUGGAUAGAAAUUCAAAAUAUCAAUAAAAUGAAAAUAAUAGAACUAAAGUCCAUUUCAGAAACAAGAUGGGCAUGUCAAGCCUCUAAGCUGAAUAUAGUUUCCAAAAGAAUGAAGUGCAUUUAUGCACUUCUUUACAAAAUAAGUAAUAGUUGCUCUAACAAUUCGGACAGAAUAGUGGAUGCACGAGGAUUAAUAUAUCAAUUUAAACCAUCCUUCAUUAAGUUGAUCUUCGCAUUAAGGACGAUAUUUCAAUUAUCAAAAACAACUUCUGAUUUACUUCAAGAUCCUAAACAAGAUUAUUCAGAAACCUUAAUUCUUUUGUACACUUUAAAAGAUGAUUUAAUUAAAAUGAGAAAAAAAUCAUCAUUAAAAAAAUGUGGGACCAAGCAACACUGGUUUUUCAAGAAAUAGAGCUUGAAGAAGAUGAAAAAGGACCUAAAAAACUACCUAGUAGAAUCCCCUGCAGAGAAAGAAGAAGUCAACAAUUAUGGUGUAUAUUGCAGGACAAUUAUAACUGUCAUAGAUAAGAUUUUGGCUGAAAUAGACCACAGAUUCAGCAACAACAGCAAGUCUAUCAUAUUAGGCGUGAGGGCUCUCGUUCCUGGAUCUCCUAAUUUCCUAGAGGAGGAGGACAUCUUUGCUUUCACUCAGCUGUAUGGAGCAAAUAUUGAUGAUCUGUUGAUUGAAUUGAAAAAUAUGGAAAAGGUUAUGAAGCGAAAGAAUUCCAACAAACCUGCUAGUUUGCUGGAAUUCCAAAAAUACGUUUCAUCCGUUGCCGAAGCCUUUUUUGAACUCAAUUGCUUAUUAAUAAUUGCCUGUACUAUUCUUAUUUCAGUACUAUGCAUCUUGUCAAAAACUACUUGAGAAUUACAAUGUUAGAAAAAACUCUAAAAAGCCUAAUGAUAUUAGGAGUUUAUA